GCGUUCUAUACCAACAUUGAUGCUGGAAACGGUCGACGACUGCCUGCCUUGCCAGCCCACACUUAUGUUCUUGAUCCGACUCCCUGCCCAAUAUGUGCGCACCGAUCCUUUAGUCCAUGGCUGACAGACGCUCAGUCAAUAUAAGACGAUCGUCCCCAUGACAAUGAAACGGCCAUCAAGAUGAUGCGAAUUCUCGAAGCACAGGCGCCUGCGCGACAGACUGCUACCGACACCAUCCAGACUCUCAGCAGCCGCCUCUCAAGUGCCACGCUACUAGAAGAUCGGCGGGCUGCGAUCCUCGGUCUACGCAGCUUUGCAAAGCUAUACCCUGCUUCGGUCGCCUCCGGCGCAUUGAGAGAUCUGAUUGCCGGACUGAGACGAGAUGGAGACGAUUCAGAUACAAUCAAGAUUCUGCUGGAGACCCUUUUGAUGCUGUUUGAGCCCGAUGAGAAAUCAACAGAGGCUUCGGAGGAGAUCAGUCUGUGGCUAGCCGACGAGUUUACGCAGAGACAGGACAACAUCACCGCUCUCCUAGACUUGCUCGAGCCUAAUGAGUUCUACUUACGUUUAUAUGUCCUCCAGAUUCUUUUUCAUAUAUCCACCGCCCGGCCACAACGCACACAAGAGGCUAUAUUCUCGGCACCUCUGGGCGUCUCUCGAAUAACAAACAUGUUGGACGACAGGCGGGAGGCGAUUCGAAAUGAGGCCUUGGUACUCCUGGUUGCCUUGACUCCCACCUCUGGAGAAAUACAGAAAGUGGUGGCCUUUGAGAACGCAUUUGACCGUAUAUUCGCUCUCAUUGACGGCGACGGUGGUCUUACGCACGGCUCUACCACCGUUCAGGACUGCCUGUCACUUUUGGCCAAUCUUUUGGACCUCAACACAUCCAACCAAUCGUACUUUAGAGAGGUCGGUGGGAUCCUAAAGAUCAAGAAACUGUUGUCGGCCGCCGUUGACCAAGAGGACUCUGGAGAUGGCAGCUCAGAAUGGCUGAAACCACAGCGGGAUAUGAACGUGUGGGGCUUAUUGGGGAUUAUCCAGUUAUUUCUUGCUCAAGGCGCUCAAGGGACUGUGGUCAACCAACAAAUAUUUUGGACGACCGGAGUUCUAGACGUUAUUUUGCGAAUUGCCUUCCAUCCUGCAUUCAGCACUGGUGUGCGAACAAAGUCACUACAAACAUGUGGCGACAUCAUUCGAGCAAAUCAUAGUCUCCAGGAAAGGUUCGGGGAUCUUGGAGUCCAAAUCAGAGAGCCUGAUAGCCCUACUACAAAUGGCCAUCCGUCAAACGCCACCAGUGAGAAGGCGCCCAAGCCCAACAAACCUGCCUUUCGAACUCAGAACGUAAUCGAAUCACUUCUAGAGGUGGCACUAGAGCCUGCUCCUCUGGCUCUAUUCGACGUCCGACUGGCUGCAUGUUCCUGCCUCGAAGCAUUCAUGAAUGGCCAUGUGGGCAUACGAACUCACGUGCUACGGAGGGCUAUCGAUGGACACAAAGCAGGCGACGAUGCAAUUCCCAACAUGCUUACCGUCUUGCUUGAACCCCCCGGAGCACGUAACAACUCUGACCCGUAUCAACAAUGGAUGGCUGCGGUGCUUUUGCUACAUCUCCUGUACGACAAUGCUGACACCAAAGAGAUGGCCUUGAAGGUGACAGAAGGUGACGCCGAAAGUGGAGAAGAGGUCGUUACCUUCAUACAGAGCAUCGCAAGCAACGUGGUGGCGGGUGUACAGCACGUCGAGGAUGAGCGCGCUUUACUUGGACAUUUGAUGUUGUUGUCCGUCUGGUUGUUUGAAGAUCCGGAAGCGGUUAACGACCUGCUGGCAGAGGGCAGCAAUGUUCAAGGUCUUAUUGCGGCUGUCAAGAUCGCCAAAAGUUCGAUGCCUCUCGUUGCGGGUCUUUGCGCAUUCGUGCUAGGAGUAAUCUAUGAAUUCUCAACAAAAGACUCUCCGAUUCCGCGGAGCACGCUUCAUGGACUGCUGAACACCAACCUGGGCAGGGAAGCCUAUGUGGAUCGCUUGACAAAGCUUCGAGAAAAUAUCUUCGUGCGAGACUUCGAGGUCCUACCGCAGACCGGCAACGGCGGCCUGCCAGAAGUGUUCUUCGACAAGACUUUCAUCGACUUUCUCAAGGACAAUUAUAGCCGAUUCCUACGAGCCAUUGACCGGGAUCCAAAUUUUGAAGUUUCUAUUGUGAGCAAUGGCGUGCAGAAGGGCAUCUCCCGAGACCUCGUCGACAGUCUCAGAGCUCAAGUCGAGGAACAGAAACGAGCGUUGGAGGCCGCUAACAGUGAACUGCUGCAGCUCAAGAGGAGGCUAGAACAAGAGGAGCUCGAUCACCGCCGCACGCGAGAAUCCACCACGGUCGAGCUAUCUAGAAUCAAGCAAAUCAAUCAGAGCCUGCAACAAAAUCACGAGGAUGAAGUCCACAAAAUUCAAAAAGGCUUUGAGCAGGAGAGAAGCACUCUAUCGAAGCAUCAUGAGGACGAGCUCAAUCGAAGACGCAAUGAUCAUCUAACCGCCAUCGAGACGGCGCGAAAGCAGCAUGAGUUGGAAGUCCAGAGAUUCGAACAGCGUCUGAAAAUGAUUGAGCAGGAAGCCGCGCGAGAGCAGGUGGCUCUCAAUGAGCGGCACACACGAGAACUCAGUGAGGUAGAAGCUCAAGCACAGAAAGCCCGAGAGAGAGAAGCGGCUGAAAUUGCAGACCUGAAAAGCAGAAUUUCAGAGUUGGAAGCUCAGCUACAGAAGGCUGAAGCCAACCACGCCCAGGAUCUUGCCACAGCGCAUGAGGAAUAUAAGAGCAAAACUGAGAAUUUGGAAGCGCGCCUGAAGCGGGCGGAGAGUCGUGCUCAAGAGGCUGAGAACCGUUCCAAGCAUCUCGCUGAAGACCUUGAGAAAGAGAAGGCCGCUCGAAAGGACGUUCAGACUGAACUCGACGACCUUUUGGUCGUCUUUGGCGAUCUCGAAGCCAAGAGAUCUGCCGACAAGAAGAAGCUCAAAGAACUGGGGCAGGAAGUUUCUGAAGAUGAAGACGAAGACGAAGACGAAGAGGAGGAUGCCGGCGCUGAAGAUGAAGAUGAGGACGAGAACGAGGACGAGGACGCGGGCGCCAGCGACGACGCCGUCGAUUGAACAAGCGUGCGUCUUCCUAACGGUGCCUUGGCCCUGUCUUCUCAUGUCGUGUGUACAACUCGGGGCGUUUCGCAUACCACGGGGCCCAAGUAUUGGAAACUAAAAGUUGACAGUAUAGAACUAUACCCUGUACAGUAAUCAAUGUCCUUCCUCCGGAA